AUGGCCACGACUGCCACCACGAGUUCGUCUUCGAGGAAUCCACCACUCCGAAAUCUCCAGACAAAGGUGAAGGCGUUGAUGGAGAUGUUUAAGUCCAUAACCACUUUCGCGAGCACUCUGGGGGAGGUUUCUUCAGCCCAACAAAUCCAUGUUCGGCUGGAGAAGCUCAACGAAUUGUGGGAUCGAAUCAACGACGCGCUGAUUGAGGUUGAAAUGCACGAGGAAUAUUCAUCGAAGGAGGCCACGUGUUCGAAUAUACGCCAGGACUUCACCACCAAAUACUACAACGCGAAGGCAUCCAUGUUGGAACGCAUAAAGGAGUUGGAGGUCAAUAGCAGCGUUUUGCAUUCCACCAGAAUCAUGGACUCAUCGAUUCAACCGACCAUCGAGCAUGUAAGGCUACCGCAGAUCAAACUGCAAACGUUUGACGGCGACAUCGACCAGUGGCUGAGCUUCCGAGACCUGUAUCUAUCCCUGAUCCACACCAAGGCGGACUUACCGGAGGUUGAGAAGUUCCACUACCUGAAGGGCUGUCUCACCGGAGAGGCGAGGGCUCUCAUCGAUCCGUUGGCGCUCACAAGAGCAAAUUAUCCAGUAGCUUGGGACAUCUUAAUGGCCAGGUACAACGACAGCAAGGUAUUGAAGCGCAGGCAGAUUGGGAACCUGUUCAAACUACCCAAGGUGACUAAGGAGUCGGCCGUAGAUAUCCAGACACUACUGGAAGGGUUCGAACGCGUCGUGCAGACCCUGGACCAGUUAGUCAAACCGGAGGAGUACAAGGACCUGCUGUUGUUGGAAAUGCUGUGCUCUAGGUUGGACCCAACAACUCGUCGUGCAUGGGAAGAACAUAGCGCUAAUCAAGAGCAAGACAAGGUAGCAGAUCUUACUCAGUUCCUCCAAACUCGUGUAAAGAUCCUUGCAUCGCUCCCGCCUAAGGCGCACGAGAAUAAACCGGAAGUUUUUCAAUGGCAGAAGAAAAACAGCGCUCCCAGAACGAGCCACAGCGCAACCCAGAUGAUGGCUGGAAGUUGCAUCGCUUGUCCAGAAUCCCAUUUGCUGUACACAUGCCCUAUAUUCCUGAGGUUGAGCGCUUCCGCUCGAGACAAGCUGCUGCGACAAAACUCCCUCUGCAGAAACUGCUUUCGGCGUGGCCACCAAGCUUCGGAUUGCAGAUCGAACCAGGUUUGUCGCAGAUGCAGAGGAAAACACCAUACCCUAGUCUGCUUUCGAGACGAUGGCGGAAACACCAAUAAUCGCGUCGUACAAACCUUUACACCCGCUCUAAAUCCCAACCAAACCACACCUGCAGCCAACUCGAGGUCAGUUUCAUCGAACAUGGCCAGGAAUCAUUCGUCAACAGUGCUGCUAGCUACAGCGGUCGUCUUAGUGGAAGAUGACACAGGCAAGGUUUUCCAAGCGCGGGCCCUACUGGACUCGGGCUCAGAGUGCAAUUUCAUGACAGAGGGGCUCUGUCAACGUAUGAAGGUAUCUCGUAGGCGUUCGAACAUUUCCGUCCUUGGGAUUGGCCAAUCUAACACCAGCGUCAAACAUCAAGUGUCAGCGGUUAUUAGGUCAAGAAUGUCAAACUUUUCUCGGUCGAUGGAUUUCCUUCUACUACCAAAGGUCACAGCGGAUCUCCCUACAACCAGCGUAGCGGUUUCCUCUUGGCAGUUUCCACAAGGUGUGGAGCUAGCCGACCCGGCAUUUUUUAAAUCGAAAUCCUUGGAUAUGGUGCUAGGAAUACAGCACUUCUUCUCAUUUUUCCCGAGCCAUGCUAAAAUUCCGUUGGGCGAAGGUUUACCAAUGCUGAUAGAAUCAGUAUUCGGUUGGUUGGUAACAGGAUCCGUGGAGAACCAAGGUUCUACUUCCCGCAUCGCUUGCAAUACGGCUGCAAGGGUAGAUUUGGAUGAACUUCUCACUCGUUUUUGGUCAUGUGAAGAGAUAGGGUCUCUGAACAAUUAUUCCCCGGAAGAACAACGUUGCGAGGCGCAGUUUGUUCUAACCAAGUGCAGAAGUUCCGAUGGGCGAUACACCGUUGCGUUACCAAAGGACGAAAAGGUAUUGGCAAACAUUGGCGAGUCACGGGAGAUGGCUUUCCGUCGACUUCAAUCCCUGGAACGUAGACUGGAAAAGGAGCCAGAACUACGUAAACACUACCACGGUUUUAUGGAGGAAUACUUGGAGCUUGGACACAUGCGCAGGGCGGAUGUGGGUCCAGAAAAGCGGUUUUACCUUCCCCACCAUCCAGUCAUCAAGCAGGCUAGCACAACCACGAAGGUACGAGUUGUGUUCGACGCAUCGGCUAAAAGUAGCAGCGGCAUAUCCCUCAACGAGGCGUUAUUGGUUGGACCAGUAAUCCAGGACGAGCUUCGUGCUCUCAUUAUGCGUAGUCGGAUGAAACAAAUCAUGGUGGUAGCGGAUAUCGAGAAGAUGUUCAGACAGAUCGGAAUUCAUGAAGCGGAUAUGCCCUGGCAGAGCAUCCUUUGGAGAGCUGACCCCAAGAAGGAAGUUGAAACCUUUGAAUUAGCCACCGUUACGUACGGAACGAAACCUGCGCCAUUCUUAGCGACCAGAACGUUGAAACAACUAGCCAUCGACGAGCAUCAUCGAUUCCCAGCGGCAUCCAAGGCAUUGGAGGAGGACGUUUACAUGGACGAUGUAAUAACCGGUACGGAUCUAGAAGAAGAUGCUGUCAAGUUGUGUGCAGAUCUCAUCAAGUUGACGAGUAGCGGAGGUUUUCGUCUAAGGAAGUUCGCAUCCAAUUCAGCUGCGGCCUUGAGAGAGGUGGAUUCGGAAGAUCUGGCCCUACAACAAACCGAAGAGAUAAAUCUAGAUCCUGAUCCAGCAGUAAAGACCCUCGGAUUGGUUUGGCUCCCACGCACCGAUCACUUUCGGUUCAAUUUCAACAUUGAAAGAGUUCCCAUGGACGAGCGAUUAUCCAAACGAAAAAUCCUGUCAGCCAUAGCUAUGCUAUUCGAUCCCCUGGGACUUGUAGGAGCGGUAACAGCUAGUGCGAAAAUCUUCAUGCAGCGUUUGUGGCGACUACAAGAAGACGGUAACAGAUUAGACUGGGAUCAUCCUGUACCGGUGAACGUAGAACAAGAGUGGCGAAAUUUCUACGACCAAUUACCUAUCCUGAACGCUCUUAAGAUUCAACGUUGUGCAAUCAUUCGUAAUGCAAUCAAGGUGGAAUUGCAUUUCUUUUCGGAUGCAUCGGAGCGCGCGUAUGGGGCGUGCGCAUAUAUAAGGAGCGUCGACGUCGAUGGAAAGUCCUACGUAUGUCUACUAGCAUCGAAAUCCAAGGUGGCACCGCUGAAAUGUCAAUCCAUUCCGAGACUGGAGCUUUGCGGAGCACUUUUGUCGGCGGAACUAUCCAGCAAGGUACGGGCGGCGCUUAAGAUGCAGGUCGACAUGCAUUUUUGGACGGAUUCAACGUGUGUUCUUCAGUGGUUGAAGGCAAUCCCGUCUACAUGGUCAACAUUCGUGGCUAACCGUGUUGCGAAAAUACAAACCAUUACCGAAAACUAUCCAUGGAGACACGUUCCUGGCUUGCAGAAUCCAGCAGACCUCAUCUCACGUGGUAUGGACCCAGAACAGAUAGAGGGAUGCGACCUUUGGUGGAAGGGCCCUGAAUGGUUAGGGCAAAGUCAUUUCCCGGAGCAGCCAAGAACCCUGGAAUCACAAGUAGCUGAAGAGGAAGUCCGUCGUUCAGCACACCCAGCCGCCAGUUGUGUAGCACAUUUUGGAGAAGAGUAUGUGCUAAAAUUCUCGUCCUUCAUUAAACUUAUACGCAGCACCGCAUACUGGAUGCGACUUAUGCGUAUACUGAGAAAGUCCGAAGACAACCGCAGCAGUUUACUGACCGUAGAAGAGUUGAGAGAUGCAGAGUUUGCAAUUAUUCGUCGUAUCCAACAAGAGUCUUUCCCUAAUGAGUGGAAGGCUUUAACGAAGAAAGAAGCUGUUCAUCGAAGUUCACCGCUGAGAUGGUUCACCCCACACAUAUCAUCGGACGGCCUAAUUCGUGUUGGAGGAAGAUUAGGCAGAUCACUGGAAUCGGAAGAUACGAAGCACCCGAUUGUGCUUCCAGCAAAACACCCGUUCACUACGAUGAUAUACGAAUAUUACCAUAUCAAGCUUCUACACGCCGGUUCUCAACUACUUCUUAGUACAGUUAGGCUGAAGUAUUGGCCUCUUGGAGGCAGAAAUAUACCGCGACAAGUUGUCCAUAAAUGUAUGAAAUGCUUCCGCUCUAAACCAAAUCCAAUUGAGCAAUUUAUGGGUGAGUUACCCCAAGCACGCGUGACAGUAGCUCGAGCCUUUUCAAGGACAGGCGUCGAUUAUUUCGGACCGAUAUAUGUUCGUCAAGCUCCCAGAAGACCAGCGGUCAAAGCUUAUGUGUCGGUUUUCAUCUGCCUUUGUACGAAAGCGGUUCAUCUAGAACUUGUAUCCGACUUGUCAACGGAUCGUUUCCUUCAAGCCUUACGGCGGUUCAUCGGGAGAAGAGGCUACUGUUCCGAUAUCUAUUCGGACAAUGGAACGAAUUUCGUCGGAGCACGAAGCUACCUUCGAGAGCUACUAAAGUUGCAACGCAGUGAUCAACAUAAAGAAGCAGUUUCGAAGGAGUGCGCCAACAACCAUAUCCAAUGGCACUUCAUACCACCAGCCGCGCCCCAUUUCGGAGGACUUUGGGAAGCAGCGGUCAGGUCAGCCAAAAAACAUCUCCUGAAGGUUCUAGGGGAAAAUCCUAUCCCGUUCGAAGACAUGACUACGCUCUUAGUACAGGUGGAAAAUUGUCUCAACUCGAGACCAAUCACAGCUUUAACAGAUGAUCCUGACAACCUCGAACCCCUUACACCAGGACAUUUCCUUAUCGGAGAACCAUUUCAACAACUGCCUGACAGAAGUUACCGUGAAGUACCCAUGAACAGAUUGAAUCAGAGUCAGACAUUGCAGAAGCGGCUUCAACACUUUUGGGAUCGUUGGAGAGUUGAGUACUUGACACAACUUCAGGGGCGAUUUAAAAGAUGGAAGAAGCCGAUCGAUGUUGAAGCUGGACAGUUGGUGAUCAUCAAAGAGGAUAAUUUGCCGCCAAGUCGUUGGAAGAUGGGCAGAAUAGAACAAGUUCAUCCUGGAGCUGAUGGAGUCUCGAAGUUAUUACUUACCGCGGCAGAAGAAAUUGUCAUCACAACCAAGGAUCACCCAGGCUACUCCCCAAGGAAUCAUCCAACCCAAGGUACCCACGGUCUUAAGGAAGAACCCACCCACAUACAGUCCACUCAGGUUCAAGCAAGGGCUUGGACCGCACCCCAACAACUAGUGUGUCAUUUGAAGAAGUCAUUGUACGGCCUAAAACAGGCCUCGAAGGUUUGGAAUGAUAGAUUCGACCAUUUCAUUACCAAACUCGAGUUCCAGAGGAGCGAAAAUGACGCAUGUUUCUACUACCGAAGUCAAGGAGGCAAGAAGCUGUUCUUGCUCCUAUAUGUUGACGAUAUCCUGAUUAUCGGUCAUGACUUGAAGCAAAUCGAAGCGAUCAAGAGCAGAUUAUCGAAGGAAUUUAGAAUGACGGAUUCGGAGGAAGUAACCUGUUUUCUUGGCAUGAAGAUCCGAAGAAACAUCGAUCGGCGAGUGAUGAUGAUAAGCCAACGAAGGUAUUUGGAGACCUUACUGGAGAAGUUCAACAUGUCCGAUUGUAAGCCGAUAUCCGUUCCGAUGGAGUGCCGCCUCCGACUGCAGAAAGGUGAAGAAUCGCAGCGAACCUCCAAGCCGUACCGGGAGUUGGUAGGGUGUCUAAUGUACGUGACACUUACCACUCGGCCGGAUUUGUUUGCAGCAGUCAACUACCACAGCCAAUUCCAAAGCUGCCCAACGGACGAGCACUGGGCUCACUUGAAGCGCAUAUUGCGAUAUGUGAAGGGGUCGCUGGACAUCGGCCUGAAGUUCGAAGCUGAUGACGAAGUGCCUGUGCUCUCAGCUUUUUGUGACGCUGACUGGGCCAACAACGUAGUAGAUAGGCGCUCAGUUACCGGAUACAUCCUGAAGGUGUUCGGGUGUACGACCAUUUGGGGCACCAAGAAGCAGCAAUCAGUCUCGCUGUCGUCGACCGAGGCAGAACUGGUUGCAUUGUGUACUGCAGUCUGCGAGGGAUUGUGGCUCAAACGAUUACUGAAGGAGUUGGGGUACGAAAUAACUACAGCUGUUCCGUACUUUGAAGACAACCAGAGUACUAUAAGGAUCGUCUAUGAGCCCAAAGCCAGGAGUAGGCUCAAGCAUAUCGAUGUUAAGCAUCAAUUUGUCAGCGAUUUGGUUCAGCAGGGGCAAAUUGAGCUACAAUACGUAUCGACGACGCAGCAGGAAGCGGAUAUAAUGACAAAAGGGCUACCUGCAGCACAGUUCCGUCGACUUAGAGAAAAACUAAACGUGACAUCAAUUGAGCAGGGGUAA